AAGAAGAAAAACGAGCGCAGGAAAUGCAAAAAGCCGAAGAAAAGAUAACGUCGAUGGAGCUGUUGUUUAUCUUAAGAGUUAUUGCGCCUUUACUGCUUUUGGUUUUAGACACUAGGGUGGCAGUCAGCAAUGUUAGUCACGUUAACUAAAUACUUACUGUUGGCAUUGCCGUGUUUGGCAGGAGUGUACCGUUGUUUGGGCUUUGCUUUGUUUCUGGAAACGUUAGCUAGUCAGGAGUGUUUGAAUGGAGAUGUCUACAAUCCAGUGUUUGCGGAAUGUUAUCCAUGAGCGACUAACUGCUGCAGCUGAAGAAAUAUUCGCAGUUUUUGAAAAGACUAUAGUAAAGUACGAGGAUGAGAUCGAUCAUCACCGCAAACUGUUGGAUAACGUUUGGAAACCUGAAUUAAAAUCACACAAGAUAGAGCUUCCACAGCAACAUGCCACAAGUAAGGAAGAGGAGGAUUUUUUCACUGACCAGGAUCUAUGUAACCAGGAGAGGGACUCUAGUCUGGACCCAGAGGAGUCAAAGCCGCCACAGAUUAAAGUAGAACAAGAGGAAUUCUCCACCUGUCAGGAAGAAGAGCAGCUGAAAAUGAAGCAGGAGACAGAUGCCUAUAUGCUGGUUUCUACUUACGAGGAAAGUGACCAUAAUGACUGUCAAACUCUGUGCAUGAAUACUGAUAAAACAGAGAGUGCAGCAGAGGAAGAGUCUGUAGUCAACUUACCAGUUAAAAGCUUUGUAGUAGCAGAACCAAACAGUGACCAUGAAUCUCAUGUAGUUGAGAGCCAAGACCACAAAGGAGAUUUGCAUGUAGACUCAGGAUCAAUUAGAAACACAGAUCCAAACCCAACAGGGAGUUGUCACAAAAGUAAAUUUCACGGUACUGAUGUGUAUUUCUCUACCAUUUCGGUGAUUAAUCCGACUCCUUCCACAGGUAAAAAGUUAUUUCAAUGUGAUAUUUGUGGAAAAGCUUUUAAGAGCAGGUCCCAAGUAAAUAUACAUCUGAGAGUCCACACAGGGGAGACUCCAUAUUCUUGUAAAAUAUGUGGCAAGGAAUUCAGAUUUCGUAGUGGUUUGGUGAUCCACAUGAGAACCCACACAGGCGAGAAGCCAUUUGCUUGCAAAACAUGUGGGAAGGGUUUCACUUGUUCUAGUAGCUUGGCGAACCACAUGAGAAUCCACACAGGUGAGAAGCCGUUUUCUUGCAAAACAUGUGGAAAGAAUUUUGUAUCCACUAGUCGCUUGACGAGCCACUUGAGAAUCCACACAGAUGAGAAGCCCUAUUCUUGCAAAACAUGUGGGAAGUGUUUCAGAGUUAAUCAGGUCUUGCUGGUCCACAUGAGAACCCACACAGGAGAGAAGCCAAAUCUCUGCACUACAUGUGGGAAGAGAUUUAGUGGUGUGUCAGCUCUGAAGAGGCAUAUGCGUAUCCACACAGAUGUGAAACCAUACUCUUGUAAAUUGUGUAGUAAAGACUUUCGAUGUGGCAGUGACUACAAGGUCCACAUGAGAACACACACUGGUGAGAGGCCUUACCUUUGUAUCACCUGUGGGAACAGAUUUUGUCAUUUGUCAAGUUUGAAAGGGCACACAAGAAUUCAUACAGGUGAAAAGCCGUAUACUUGCAUGACUUGUGGGGAGACUUUCAGAUUUAGUAGGGAAUUGAUAGUCCACACUGGAAAAGCCCACACAGGUGAGAAGCAAUAUCACUGCAACACCUGUGGGAAAGGAUACUUCAGAGUCUCUGAUUUGGCAAGGCACAGAAAAUCACAUAGAGACAAAUAGUGCUGUAUUUGCCAAGUAUGUGAUUCAGUUUUAGUGGCUCAAGGUCAAAAGAGUCAUAAUUGCAGCUCAUGAGAGUUUUUUCUAUCACAUUUUAAACAAAGUAUGGCUCAUUAUACACAGAAAAAAACAAUCGAUCAACAACUGCAGCUCACUAGGUGCUGGUGAAUUACUCAUAUUUAUUUGUCUUAGUAUUUCUGUCUGACUAGGUGUAACCUCUCCAAUCUUUGCCUCACAAUUGUUGCAUAGUUCCUACAAAAGGUAAAUUGCCAACUUCUUUUUCUUUUUUUAUACAAUACCACAGUAAAUUAACUAUGUGAUGAGCUGUGAAACCUUCUUGUAAUGUUGACUCGUCAUUUUUUUUAGGCAGUCGUUUAUCACUGGCUCCAACUAGGACGUUUGUUUGUCUACCUGUUUUAUGUAUUUUUGUUUCUGAUUUUAUUGAAUUUUGUAUCUGUUGUUGAAAUAAUUUUUACUGAUGUUCUAUACUGUAUGUAGAUUUCAUUGUAUUUGUUUAAGUCUGAUGAAACUGCAAGAAAUAUUCCAAUCAUUGCAACUUUAAUAUCUGCAAACUAUGUACAUUACAGCAAACGUGUUUGGAAACCUGUAAUAUAGUUAGUUGCUGCUGAGUAAUAAAUCCAGCCAGUAUCUCUAAAGGAUA